GAAGGGAGCGGCCGGAGGGAUGGAGCGGGUCCCGGCAGGGAUGCGGUAGCUCCCGGGACAUCCCGACGCGCCGGGACGCGGUGAAGCUGCCAUCCCCAAACCUCUCUGCAAUGGCCUCAGGGAAUGAGGGGAAUGAGGAACGCCGGGGGAGCCACGGGCUCAGCUCAGAAGGCCGCGUGGCAGAGGAGGCUGAGGAGGUGUUCCGCAGCUACGCCUUCUACCGCUACCAGCAGGAGCGCCAGGAGCGCGGCGCGGAGCUGCCGCCCGACCCCGAGAUCGAGCAGAUCCAGCAGGAGCUGGAGAGCACGGGCAGCCAGGUGGGGCAGCGCCUGGCCAUCAUCGGGGACGACAUCUACCGGCGCUACGACGCCGAGUUCCGCACCAUGCUGGAGAGCCUGCAGCCCACCCGCCACAACGCCUACGAGACCUUCACCAAAAUUGCCUCCAGCCUGUUUGAGAGUGGCAUCAACUGGGGCCGGGUGAUCGCCCUGCUGGCCUUCGGGUACCGCCUGGCCAUGCACGUGUGGCAGCGCGGCGUCAGCGGGUUCCUGCGGCGCAUCGCGCGCUACGUCGGGGAGUUCAUGCUGCAGCACCGCAUCGCGCGCUGGAUCGCGCAGCAGGGAGGAUGGGAGGCCGUGCAGAACCUGGACAAUGUUUACGUGAAGUACCUGCUGGUGGCGGCCGUGGUGGUGGUGCUGGGGCACCUGGUGCUGCGGCGCUUCCUCACCCCCUGACGGGGGCACCGGGCACCCCCUGCUCUGCCCCACACCCCCGCGACUGGGGCGACCCCAGGAACCCCCAGG